AUGUAUGCACUAAACAACAACUAUUGUCUUCAAUUGGUGCGCGAUGCAAAUCAAUAUUUAAAUAUUGAACUUCAUCACAAUGGAACAUUGUCACGAAUCGUGUCUUUGAGUAACGAACAAUGUUCGACGUUGACUCAUCGUCUAUGUGAGACAACCGAUGAAUUUGAUGCAUUGAUGGUUGAUUUACUUGAGACAUCAAUAUCAAAUAUUCAUGUAACAGUCGAUGAAAAUCUUGAAAUAUCGUUUCCAGUACGUUUUGGUAGUCGAAAUUACGAAAAAUUUUGGUCAUUUACAGUUGAACUAAGACAUUUAUCAAUGUUUGAAACGAAUACAAUAGAUGAAAUCUCACUUGAUCCAUCCAAUUGGAAUGAUUUACGAUUGUUAGGACAUCAAAUUAUGGACAACAUGAUCGACUAUACUCGCGAUAUUCGCCUAAGACCACCUUGGCGUCCAAUCCCUCUCGCAAUCAAACAAACUAUUCUUAAUAGUGAUUUUCCACUACAAGGUCAAUCACCAUGGGAAGUUUAUGAUGAAAUUUGCUCGACUUUUCUUCCUUAUAAUGUCGGUAAUAUUCAUCCUUCUUUCUGGGGUCAUGUUUACGGCGCUGGUUCAACGAUUGGAGCUCUAGCUGAAUUUAUUACUGGAACAGUCAAUACAAUGUCAUGGGGUGGUCAACAAUCAAGUAUCUAUUUGGAACGUAAAGUUUUGUCUUGGCUCAAACAAUUAAUAGGUUUUCCGAAUGAUGAGACAAGUUCAGGAAUUCUUGUAAGUGGCACAUCCGUAGCUACAAUCAUCGCUUUGGCGGUAGCAAGAAAAAAAUUCCAUGAACGGACUAUGAUGAUCUACUGUUCGAAAGAUACACACAGUUGUAUUACCCGUGCUGCCAAUCUGCUCAAUAUCAAUAAAGAAAAUAUCGUUUAUGUUUCAACAAAUGAACAACGACAGAUCGAUUUACAGGCAUUAGAAGCUUGCAUCGAUCCAAAUGCAUGUGGCUUUAUUGUUGGUUCGGCGGGUACGGUUGGUACUGGAGCCAUUGAUGAUCUACAAGGUUUAGCCGAUCUGUGUGCUCGUCGUCCGAAUGAUCUUUGGUUUCAUGUAGAUGGUGCUAUUGGUGCAGUUGCAUGUUGUUCUAAACGUCUUCGCCCAUUGUUUACUGGCUUGGAACGAGCCGAUUCAAUUGCAUUCGAUCUACACAAAUGGCUGUCUGUUCCAUACGAAUGUGGUUGUAUUCUUGUGCGUGAUGGGCAAUUACAUCAAUCGACAUUUGCUCAACCGGCAGUAUCCUAUUUGACAUUAAUGGACGGUGGCUUAACACCGAGUAAAGGCGAAUAUUUUUUUAGUGAUUACGGUCUGGAACUUUCACGAAAUACAAAAGCGAUAAAAGUCUGGAUGACAUUGAAAACAUAUGGAUUCGAACGAUUCGGUCGUAUUAUGGAACAAAAUGUUGAUCAAGCAUUGUAUUUUGCUCGUUUAAUUGAACAACAUUCGGAUCAAUUCGAAUUAUUGACCAAGGUAACAUUAAAUAUCGUUUGUUUUCGUUAUAUUGGAUGUCAAUCGAAUACUAUCGAUCAACAUGAUAUGUUGAACAAAUUUAACAAACAUUUAUUGAUAACGUUACAAGAACGAGGCAUUGGCGUUGUUUCACCACUUGUCAUUGGCACGAAUACAUUUGCUUUAAGAAUGUGCAUUUCGAAUCAUCGAACGAGACUCUCCGAUAUGAGCAAAUUCAUCGAACAAAUGAUUCAACUCGCUGCUGAACUAAUCGAUUCGAACGAAUUUAACAUUCUAAAGAAGAUUUAA